CUCCAUGCUUGGGAAUAAAAGGACUGUUUUACCAAAACACUCCACACACCUCACCACACUCCAAUCCCUUUUCAGCCAAGCGGUGUGUGCAUGUAUCCAAAAUCUUCAUUUUUAUAUAUUUCUUUCCUAAAGUUCUAAGCUUAUCUCCAUCUAUAGCUAGCUAGCUAUAGCACAAUUUCUCAUCUAUCCAAUUUUAAUCUUCUUUGGGCUACUAAUAAUACUUUCAUUCAAAUUCAAGAAAAUAAAUAUAAUAUAUAGUUGAGGAUGUGGAAGUUGAAGAUAGCAGAAGGAGGAAAGAACUUGGUUUCAGGAAACAAUUUCAUAGGAAGACAACAUUGGGAGUUUGAUCCAAAUGCAGGAACACCACAAGAACAUGCUGAGGUUGAAAGGCUGCGCCAAGAGUUUACUAAAAAUAGAUUUUCCAUCAAACAAAGCUCUGACCUCUUAAUGAGGAUGCAGCUAAGAAAGGAGGAGUGUAGAGCAAUGGGAGAAGCAGUGAAAGUGAAAGAGAAGGAAAAUGUAACAGAAGAAGCAUUGAUUACAACAAUGAAAAGGGCUCUCACUUUCUUUUCAUCCAUUCAAGCCCAUGAUGGCCACUGGCCUGCUGAGUCCGCUGGCCCUUUAUUUUUCCUACAACCUUUGGUAAUGGCACUCUAUAUUACAGGAUCCCUUGAUUAUGUUUUAGGACCAGAGCAUAAAAAAGAAAUCAUUCGGUAUUUAUAUAAUCAUCAGAACAAAGACGGUGGUUGGGGGUUCCAUAUAGAAGGUCACAGCACAAUGUUUGGAUCAUCAUUGAGUUACAUUGCUUUGAGAAUACUUGGAGAAGGACCCGAAGAUGGUGAAGAUAUGGCAAUGGCUAGAGCCAGAAAAUGGAUCCUUGACCAUGGUAGUUUGCUGGCUAUUCCUUCGUGGGGAAAGUUUUNCGACAAGGUGCUUGGGGUUUAUGAAUGGUCGGGGUGCAAUCCACUAGCACCAGAGUUUUGGCUUCUACCCAAAUUUGUUCCUUUUCAUCCAGGAAAUAUGUUGUGCUAUUGUCGGUUGGUUUAUAUGCCGAUGUCAUAUUUAUUCGGAAAGAGAUUUGUGGGAACUAUUACCGGCUUAAUCAAAUCUCUGAGAGUUGAAAUGUACAAUGAACCUUACGAACAAAUCAAUUGGAAUAAAGCUCGAAAAAAUGUUGCAAAGGAGGAUCUAUACUAUCCACAUCCUUGGAUCCAAGAUUUUUUAUGGGAUUUUCUCCAUCAUGUGGGAGAGCCUUUGCUAAAUUGUUGGCCUUUUUCUAAGCUUAGAGAAAAGGCAUUAGAAAUUGCAAUUAAUCAUGUACGAUAUGAAGAUGAAAACAGUAAAUACCUUUGCAUUGGAAGUGUAGAAAAGGUUUUGUGUUUGAUUGCGCGUUGGGUUGAAGAUCCUAAUUCAGAGGCCUAUUAUCUUCAUUUAGCUCGAAUUCCAGAUUAUUUUUGGCUUGCCGAAGAUGGCUUGAAAAUUCAGAGUUUUGGUAGUCAAAUGUGGGAUGCAGCAUUUGCUAUACAAGCAAUACUUGCUUGUAAUCUAAGUGAAGAGUAUGGACCUACACUUAAAAAAGCUCACGAUUUUGUCAAGGCUUCACAGGUUAGUGAAAACCCUUGUGGUGACUUCAUGGGAAUGUAUAGACACAUCUCAAAAGGUUCAUGGACAUUCUCAAUGCAUGACCAAGGUUGGCAAGUCUCUGAUUGUACAGCUGAAGGAUUACAGGCUUCACUCCUAUUAUCAGAGAUGUCAACUGAUCUAGUUGGAGAAAAAAUGGAACCAGAGAGAUUUUAUGAUGCUGUUAAUGUCAUUCUUUCUCUACAGAGUACUAAUGGCGGUUUUCCCGCUUGGGAACCUUCUAAAGCCUACCGUUGGUUAGAGAAAUUCAAUCCAACAGAAUUUUUUGAAGAAACUCUCAUCGAGAGGGAGUACGUAGAAUGCACAGGAUCAGCAAUGGAAGCCCUAGCUCUGUUUAGAAAGCUAUAUCCAAACCAUAGAAGAAAAGAAGUUGAUCAUUCUAUUGCCCAAGCAAUCCGCUACAUUAAAAACACACAAAAUCCUGAUGGCUCAUGGUAUGGUUGUUGGGGUAUUUGCUAUACCUAUGGAACUUGGUUUGCUGUAAAGGGAUUGAGAGCAUGUGGAAAGAACUAUCAAAACAGUGCUUCAUUGCGCAAAGCAUGUCAAUUUUUGUUGUCAAAGCAGCUUCCCAAUGGUGGUUGGAGUGAAAGUUAUUUAUCAAGCCAAAACAAGGUGUAUACUAAUGUAGAAGGCAAUGAAGCAAAUUUAGUUCAAACUUCAUGGGCUUUGUUGUCUCUUAUUGGUGCAGGCCAGGCUAAGAUUGAUCCAACACCUAUACAUCGUGGAAUAAAGACACUAAUCAAUUCACAAAUGGAAGAUGGAGACUUCCCACAGCAGGGAAUAACGGGAGUGUUUAUGAGGAACUGUACCCUAAACUACUCAUUAUAUAGAAACACAUUUCCCAUAUGGGCUUUGGGAGAGUAUCGCCGCCGAGUUUUAUAUGCCUGAAACUAAGAAAACUACUACAAGAUUAUGAUGAUAUAUAUGUCACACAUGACUCACGGAUUUUAAUUUUAUUUUUAAAAAAUACUGUAUACAUACUAAGAAUCAAUUACCAAAUUAACUAUUUAUAUAUAA